AUUCUGAGCUCAAAUCACAAUGGCACGGUCUGUCCUCUUUAUUUUUACCUGCACACUUUUCUCCGAAGUAAGUUCUCUAACAUGCUAUCAGUGCAUACCUGAGACCUCCAUUAAAUGCACUGAAACUACAGUGAAUUGUCCUGUUGGUCAGUGCGGAACCAUGAAAACCACAUCUUAUUUGGGAAACAACGCAAUUUCUGCCAUGAUCAUGAAGAACUGCUCUGCAACUCAAGAAUGCGUGACUGCAUCUGUAAACUUUGGAGUCACAAAAAUCAUCAUCAACAAUGAGUGCUGCAGCACUGACCUGUGCAAUGACCAGAUCAAGCAAGAAUCCCAAAAUAGGCUCCCAAAUGGAAUGCACUGCUACACUUGCAAAGGAGAAGACUGUUUAUCAACUUUACCUUGUGCUGAUGGAGAAGAUCAUUGUGUCAAAGCAACAGUCAUUUCAGAGGGACAGAUGAUGACAAUGAGAGGAUGUGCAACCAGAAGCUUUUGCAGAGGUGACCUGUCCUCCCAGAUCAGCCAAAACAACACAGUGGCAGUGGGUCUGACCUGCUGUAAGGGACAUUUGUGUAACAGCUCAAAAACUCUCAUUCAGAACCGCAUGGUUCAGCUGAGCCUUCUGAUGUGUGCCAUAGUUAACUUGCUGUUGUAAGGUUAUAUAAUACGGUAAUGUUGAUUGGCUUUUCACUGACACAAUUUAAAACAACUGAAAACCCAACCAAUAUUAAUACACCUUUAAAAAUUCUGGGUUGUUGUAAACAAAUUUUUGGAUCAAAUAUGAACAAACCCAAUCAUGUUAUGUGUUAUGACAACCCAAUUUUUCUAGCAAACUACACAUGAUAAUGUUAAAUAGGUUGUUCAAUCGCAAAUUAACACUCAUUUACUCACCAAACUCAUAAAUUGUUUGUCUACAGAAAAACAUUACUUUACAUUAGUUAAUGUAUUUAAUAACAUGAACAAACUGUCAAUCAUACAUUUAUUAAUUCAAAUAAAUUAAGCAAUCUUUGUUAACAUUAAUGAAAAUACAGCCUUUCAUUUUCUGUCCUUGUUAAGCUCAUAAAUGUUAACAAUCAUAUCUUUGGAUUUUAAUAAUGCAUUAGUAAAUGUUGAUUUUAGAUAUUUACUUGCAUGGCACACCGCCUCACAUUGACAUUAACAAUGAUUAACUAAUGCUGUACAUGUGUUUUGUUCAUUCUUACUUCAUGUAGAAGAAAAAAAUCACCCAAAGCUGAAAUUCUGUCGACAAUCCUUUGUUCUAAACCAUUAUGAGUCUCUUCUGUUAAACACAAAAGCAGACAUUUUGAAGAAAGCUGAAAAACUAACCAUUUACUUCCACAGUAAGUGAAUGAUUACAGGUUUUCAGCUUCAAAGUAUCUUCUUUUGUGUUUGACAGAAUAAAUACACUUUAUUUAUAUGAAGGUUUCGAACUUGAGGUUGAGCAUAGUGAGUAAUUUUGGGGUGAACAACCCCUUUAACUAAUGAAACCUUGUGUAAAGUGUGACCAAUAUUUAAUAAAAUUAAAAUAAUAAUAUUAAAUAAUAAAAAAA